AUGGAAGAUCAAGAACAAGAAUUGGAGAGAGUAAGCUCAGAACUUGAGGACCUACAAGGAAACAUGGGUCAAGUCAUGGAGAUACUACAAGUCAUUAAGGCCAAAUUGGACACCCAAACGACGGUCGUUUCAGAAAUCACUGGUCCUACGAUUGAACCCCAACUUGCAAGGACAAUGCCUACUACUUGGCCAGUCUUCGGUUUACCUUCCGACUUUACACCUCCAGUUAAAGGUGCCCCUGGCAUGUUACAAUCCACUCAGCAAACAGUUCCUCUACCAACUAUCGAUGAAGCUCAUCCCGUGGUCCACACAUUUGCACCACCCCUUGUCCAUGCACAUGUGCAACCUUAUUUUGAAGAUCAACAACAUGCUCCAUAUUUUUCUGACGAAGAUGAUGAAAGGAAUGAAGACAUAAGAGGAAUGAAAGAGAAUUUCCAGAUUCUUGAGAAAAGGUUAAGGGCUAUGGAAGGUGACCAAGUCUUUGGUGAUGCUGCUAGGGAGAUGUGCUUAGUGUUUGGUCUAGUGAUUCCUGCGAAAUUCAAGACCCCGGAUUUUGAUAAGUACGAGGGACACCCAUGCCCUAAAAGUCAUCUUAUUAUGAGGCAAAUGCUCAACAUGUCCCAGAAAGAUAACGAGUCUUUUAAGGAAUAUGCACAACGAUGGAGGGAAAUGGCCUCCCAAGUCAAACCACCCCUUGUUGAGAAGGAGUUAGCAUAUUGGUUCAUGGAUAUAGUAAAGCCCAUGUUCUAUGAAAGGAUGUUUUCCAGAGGUUUUCAAAGAAAGAAAGAGGGUGAAACAAACGCAGUGUCCACCAGUCAAAGAAGGAGUCACUCGUGGAAGAAGCAACAUCAAUUUGCUCAGCAACAACCAACUUAUCUAGUGCAAUAUAUUCAACAACCAUAUGUGGAAGCAGUCACACCAACUUUCAACCAAUCACAAGCUCCUGUCUAUCAACCUGUUCAACAAGCACCAGUAUACCAGCAAGCACCCACAACACCCAUUUAUCAACAACCAAGGGCACAGGCUCCACAUCCAAAAAAUCUUCCAAAUCAAAAUAGGGUACAAAGAGGUAGACCUCAUUUCGCCUCAAUCCCUAUGACAUACACUGAGUUAUACCCAUCGUUGCUGCAUAAAGGGUUGGUGACUCCUAGACCUUUGGGUCCUCCACAAAAUCCUUUACUUCCAUGGUACAAUCAAGACGCCCAUUAUCCUUUCCAUGAAGGUGCCCCUGGGCAUGAUUUAGAGGGAUGUUAUACUUUGAAGCAUAUUGUGCGAGAGCUGGUUGAGAAGAAGAUCCUUUCAUUCCGAGAUGUUGGACCCAACAUAAAAAAUGUUAAAACUUCGUUGCUAGCACUCCAUGCAAAAUUGGUAGGAGCUAGUUUGAUUGAUGCCUAUCACAACAACUGUGAAGAAUGUGCUCUUUAUCCAAGAGGGUGUAAAGUGGUACGAACUGAUAUUCAAAACUUGAUGGAUCAAGGUGUCUUACAAGUUUGUGGUCCUGCAACAAACGAGGAAAUUUCAGUAAUUGAACCCUUUUUCAAUCUACAAGAGUCUGUUGAGAUAACUUAUCAAAGAAAAUACGUUGUUCAUCCAUCACCCAUGGUAGUUUGUAUGCCUACCCCCUUUCCCUUCGAAAGCACCAAGGUUGUGCCGUGGAAAUAUGACAUAACUGUGGUGGAUGGAGUGGUAGAUGGAGAUCCCAAAGAGGUUGAAUGUGAGAAGAGCUUGGAGAAUGUUGACGCCAAUAUCACUAACAUCGCAGAUACGAGCAGAAUGACCCGUAGUGGUCGGAUUUAUACUCCUGAUUUCAAUAUAAUCCCUCAAGAACCGAUAAAAGAAGCUACAACUGCAGAGCCUACCCAAGAAUCUGGAGGGGUAUAG